AUGGAGAGGAUUCCAUAUGCAUCAGCAAUUGGAUCCAUCAUGUAUGCCAUGCUAUGUACAAGACCAGACGUCUCUUAUGCUUUGAGCAUUACGAGCCGAUACCAGUCUGACCUUGGAGAGAGUCACUGGACGACCGUGAAGACAAUCCUUAAGUACUUGAGAAGGACUAAGGAUUUGUUUCUGGUUUAUGGUGGCAGUAAUGAGCUGAUAGUGAAGGGGUUCACUGAUGCAAGCUUCCAGAGUGAUAAAGACGACUGUAAAUCUCAGUCGGGCUUUAUAUACACCUUAAAUGGUGGAGCAGUUUCUUGGAAGAGUUCCAAGAAAGAGACCACGACAGACUCUACUACUGAGGUAGAAUACAUAGCGGCUUCAGAAGCGGCUAAAGAGGCAGUCUGGAUCAAGAAGUUCGUUGCAGAACUUGGAGUGGUUCCGAGCAUUGUUGAUCCAAUACCUUUGUAUUGUGAUAACACUGGUGUUAUAGCCUAG